ACCUUGUUAGUACAGCCUAUCAGGAAGUAUCUAGAGCCCUCCUUAUUUUAUGUUGUCAACCCGCUGAUCCUGCAAGCUAACUAGCUAGCACGCGAAGUAAAUUGUUGGGUGAACUAUAAUUCGACUGAGUUUAACGUUACUCGUUGGUUGAAGAAAAUUUCAUUUUAAUCGCUGACAUUGGCUGUGGUUGUCCUGGAGUCGUCAAGAAAGGCGAGACAUUAACGCGUUAGCCUGUUUUCUACAAAGUUGCUAACCAGAUCCGUUGACAGCUAGCUAGCUACUGUAGCUUGGCAGCUAACUGUCUGUAUUGAGUUACCACAGCAAAGCUACGUAGUACGUGGUCUCAACCCUGCACUUCCGAGCCGUCGCCGUCCUAUCAAGCAAUUUUAAGAUUUUACUUGGUUAAAGACCUCUCAUGUCAAUGACACUCUUCACAAAGUGGUCCCUAUUGCUAUGAGGAUCUGCAGAGCCCUGCUGUAAGCCUGAGCCAUGAACUCUGUGUCUCCCAGUGCAGUUCAGUAUGUGGGGGGAGUAGGAGUGGUGUGUCAGGAGGACACCCCCCAGAGAGAGGAGACCAAUAGGCCUCAGCAGCCACAGCUGGUGGACCCUGGUGGAGGAAGUGGCUUUGGGAAGCGGCAGGGUACUGAUGUCGGUGGGGGUGGAACCAGAGAUGCCACCACUGCUGGAGAGCCAGACGAGGUGGACAAACUCAAGACCAAGCUGAUGUCGGCAUGGAAUAAUGUCAAAUACGGCUGGUCAGUCAAGUCGAAGACCACAUUCAACAAGAGCUCUCCGGUGACUGUAAUGGGCCACUCCUAUCUGCUCAAUAGUGAAGACGAGGUGGAGCGGUUCAGGCGGGCGUUCGUGUCUCGGCUGUGGCUGACCUACCGUAGGGAGUUCCCCCAGCUGGAGGGCUCCACCUUGACUACAGACUGUGGCUGGGGCUGCAUGCUGCGGAGCGGACAGAUGCUGCUGGCCCAGGGCCUACUGCUACAUCUGCUGCCACGAGACUGGUCGUGGCCAGACGCCCAGCAGUUCGCCGAUGUAGACUUUGAGGCUCUGAGACCCCGCUCCCCGUCCCGCGCUGGUGGUGUACCCAUCCCCUCCUUCGGCUACUCCUCCUCCUCGCGGACCCCCACAACGCCCCAGAAGACCUCCAUGCCAGGGGGCACGGCUCUCAACCAUACCCAGAAGAAGAGGCCCGAGUCGGGCAGGGACAGGCAGGCUGAGCCCCUCCACCGGAGGGUUGUGGCCUGGUUUGGGGAUGAGCCCCCGGCCCCGUUUGGGGUGCACCAGCUGGUAGAAUUGGGGAAGAGCUCAGGGAAGAAGGCGGGGGACUGGUACGGCCCCUCAGUGGUGGCACACAUACUACGAAAAGCAGUUGCCAAGACUUCUGAGGUUCACAACCUGGCUGUAUAUGUAGCGCAGGACUGUACCGUGUACAAAAAGGACGUGGUGCAUCUGUGUGACCAGUCGUUGAACCAGAGUAUAUCAGAUCCUGAGCCCAGUGGUCCAGGCUGGAAGUCUGUCAUCAUACUGGUUCCAGUCCGACUAGGAGGAGACUCUCUCAACCCCUCCUACAUCAAGUGUGUCAGGAACAUUCUGAGGUUAGAAUGCUGUAUCGGGAUCAUCGGCGGCAAACCCAAGCAUUCGCUGUUCUUUAUCGGCUGCCAAGACGAGCAGCUGCUGUAUCUGGACCCUCACUACUGUCAGGCCGUGGUGGAUGUCACUCAAGACAACUUCCCACUGGAGUCGUUCCACUGUAGCUCGCCCAGGAAGAUGCCCUUUAGUCGCAUGGACCCCAGCUGUACUAUAGGCUUCUAUGCCAAGAACAAGAAGGACUUUGAGUCUCUGUGUUCUGCCGUCUGUGUGGCCCUAUCGUUGCCCGAAGAGAAGUACCCCAUCUUUACCUUCGUGGAGGGCCAGGCCCAGGACUAUGGACUGGUGGGCCACAGCUCCUCCUAUCCUCACUAUGACACCUCCCCUGGCCCUGACCACAUGCUGCCCCAAGGCAAGCUCAGCAGGAGCAACAACAUGGGCAGCUCUGACGACUUUGUCUUCUUAUCUCCAAGGCCGUAGGGAUUUGUGAUGGGGCCUCUGACUUCAUUUUGGGAACAAUAACAACUGGAAACACGGAGCCUGUUUGACAUGCUACAUGACAGGGGUCACUAGUAGUGGAAGACAAGGUACUCAGCCCUCUUCUCUCUGACUUGUGUUAUAAUACUGCUGUAAAAAUUUUAAAUUAAUAUCUGUUUUGUAAGAUUUAUUAAGUGUGUGUGUGUGUGUGUGAAAUGAUUUGUGUGUGAACUGAAGCUGUUGGUGUGUUGAUUUGUUGUUAUGUUCACAUUCCUCUACAGUACUCUUAUAUUCCCUAUGCCGUUUUAAUUCAGUGUCAUGGCUAUAGUACUAUAUUCAUACUACAUGGCUAUAUGAAUUUCAUUGCAGCAUUCCAACCCUCUCUUUAGUUGUGCUGUCCUUUGACACACUAUUCAGGCAACAGUAAAUGACCUGGGCUGGGCUCCCUACCUAACUUCGCUCACUGUUUUCCAGACCUGGGUUCAAAUAGUAUUUGCUUUUUCCCCCCUUCCAAAAGGCACUUACUUUUGGGACUAUUCUUUUUGCCCUAGCAAGCUCAGAAAACCAAUACUAAUUGAACCCCAGGUCUGCUACACUCUCACACUAUUUCAUCAGCUCUCUCUUGUCAAUUAGUCUACCAGUAUCAACUUGCAACACACUAACAGGAAUCCACUGCUACAACAAUUGCUCCUUUUGUGUAAUGUGUUACACUAGCUCCUAUCUGGAUGAUGAGAAAUGAUCCAUUUACCAAGAGGCUAUGUCCAAAAUGACACCCUAUUCCCUACAUCGUGCACUACAUAGAGAAUAGGAUGUCUUUUUGGAUGAAGACAGUUUUUGGUUGUAGUGAGACUUGUUGAAUGAAUGAUUCUGAACUCUAUUCCUUUUAGGGUACUCAUAAUGUUUUUAACAAGGUGGUGCUGCUGAGUACUGGCAGGGGGGAUGCCUCACUUUGGACUCAGAUUUCUUUACAUUUUUGAACAUGUGUAACUUCAAUUUAUUAUGGUAGAGUUAAAAGCCUUUGGAGACCUGCAUAUUAAUAUCUUAUCCAGGGCUGUUCAAUUCUGGUCCUGGAGGGCCAAAACACUUCUGUUUUUUUGUUUCUACCUGGUAGUUAAUUGCACUCACCUGGUGUCUCAGCCAGGUCUCUCCUUAUUAGAAGGAGAGGAUGAAAACCAGGACUGACGUUGAACAGCCCUGAUCUAAGCAUUUAAACCCCCCCCCCCCAAGUUAGAUAUCAAAGUCACAAGCUCCCUCAACCCCAAAAUAAAAUGAAAUAGUCUGGGAAGUGGUUAAAACACUGUUGAUUUGGAUGCUUGAUCUCACAUUUUAAUUAGGCUUCUGACCUGUGUGCAACAGAUAUCCUCUAAGGGGCAAAUCUUGACUUUCACUUAACCUGAAUGUUCACUGAUCAUUCAUUGAAGUCAAUGGGAGAAUAAGUGAGAAUGUGAGGUUAGGAUUCACCCCAGUAAUCUGUGUAUUUCACUCUUGUCCAUGUGUAUAUCUCAUAAAGGUGACAUUUAUUUUCUAAAUAAAGUGAAGAAUUGGCAUAUGUAGAAGUCUUAAAUGUGCUAAUGACCACCCUAAUAAGGGACUGCAUUCAUGUGGACAACAUGACUUUGUAAAACUGUUGUAUAGAAUGUUAUUAAAGGUAACUUUUUUUUGUA